CUUUAUGGUACAAAGGCCGAAAACGUAAAAUCUUUAAUAGAACCUAUUUGUGAUUCGACGAUUAAAGGCUUUUCAGUGAUCUCUAGUGCCUUUUUCUUGCAAUUCAUUCACUCAUUCCACAUUUGCAACAGAUGGAUCUGCCUCGCCCAGAGAUGUUUGACUUCCAUGGUGUCCACAUGACACAUUAUUUCACAGACAACUGGGAAAAGGUGCAGAACUUUAAAGCCAGACCUAAUGACAUUGUGGUUGCCACUUACCCCAAAUCAGGUACCACCUGGGUCUCCUAUAUUCUAGACCUGUUGCAUUUUCGUCAGACAGAUGCAGAGCGUGAGAACACUGUUCCUCUUGAUGAAAGAGUACCCUUUUUGGAGUUCUUCAUGCCAUCUUUAUAUACUCCAGGUACGGAGAUGGCAGAUAUGUUGUCUACUACUCCUCGCAUCAUCAAAACUCACCUUCCUGUUCAGUUUAUGCCCAAGUCCUUCUGGGAGCAGAGCUGCAGGAUUGUGUAUGUUGCUCGCAAUGCCAAAGACAACGUUGUUUCCUACUUCCACUUUGACUGCACAGAAAAGAUACAGCCAGAGCCAGGAGACUGGAAGAGUUUUCUGCAGAGAUUCAAGGAUGGAAAGAUGGUGUUUGGCUCCUGGUAUGACCAUGUAUGUGGGUGGUGGGAGAAAAAGCAGAUGUACUCCAAUAUACACUACAUGUUCUUUGAGGAUCUGGUGGAGGACACUGGGCGUGAGAUAAGGGGCCUUUGCUCCUUUCUCGGUUUGUCCCCGUCAGAAGACGAGAGGGAGAAAAUUAGAGGAGCUGUUCAGUUUGAUGUUAUGAAGGCCAAUCCGCUGACCAACUUGGAAGAUGACACGACACUGGACUUCAGUAUCUCUCAGUUCAUGCGUAAAGGGAAGGUCGGGGACUGGAAGAAUCACUUCACUGUGGCUCAGAAUGAGCAGUUUGAUGAACACUACAAACAGAUGAUGAAGAACGCCACUCUACAGUUCAGGACGGAAAUUUAGAGCAAUAUUAAAGUACCCUGUUUUAUCAUUUACUUUUUAAUUCAAGGUCAGGGGUGUGACUAGACUCAUGGCUGAUUUCGGAAAUCAAAAAUCUAAACUACACUCUUAUGUUUGGUAGAUAUACCACAAUGGACUGGUAUAUGUGACAAAUGAGUGCAAUUUAUGGGAAUGUCCUAAGUACAUGCAGCAGUUUAUAGUUCCUGUUAUGGCCCUGCUGACAACCCACCCAGUGUUCCCAGUCUCACCAGGGCUACUUAAACCCACAGGCUCUUUCCUCCAUUGCAACUAAGUGAAGUCUGUAUGCUUUUCGAUUGUAGAUGGUGUUGGAUGCUGGAGCCUUUCUGUCUCCAGGCACCCAACGCAAGGUCUCUCUGUCUCUCUGUCUCUGUCUGUCUCUG